UAUAAAGUUUCUAUUAUGAAGAAAAAAUAAAGGAAAACAGAAAAUAAUUAAGAACAGAAAAGAAACCAAAACAGAAACCAUAGAGGAUGAUCAUUUCAAACAGACAAAAAUGGUACCAAAAGAGAAUACUUUUCUUCUCUUUCUCACUAUCUCCUCUCUCUCUAUCUGUGUCCAUCUCUCUCUACCUCUUUCCUUUUCUCCAUUCCAAAUACUUACAAAACUAUAAACUCACUUAUCUACAUACACAAUCAUAAAGAGAAAAAUGUUAGAUCCGACAAAUGACAUCCUUCCUCCUCCAUCUUCUCCUACCAACUCCUCCAUUUCCUCCUCCGAUCUCGACACUGAGUCUACAGGUUCUUUCUUUCAUGAUAGAAGCACAACAUUAGGCACUUUAAUGGGCGUCACUUUCCCAGCCAUUACAUUCAGAGCUCCUUCUCAGUCACGUGACAAUCACGUGACCGCUGGUGGUGGGGUCGCCGCCAUUGCAUCCACCACAAGCACCGCCGCAAAUAGGAACAAGAAGAACAAGAAGAAUAAACGAAGCCCAUUAGAACUCCAGCGACGGCGUAGAUGGUGGAGGCUCUGUAGCGACGGUGAGUCCAAACCUGCAUCUCUCGGGGAGUUUCUUGAAGUUGAAAGAAGGUUUGGCGAUGGAGCUUUCUUUGGUAAUGCUGCGGCUGAGCUUGAGGGUGUGAUGGCUGCCCAGCAGCAGCAGCAGGAGCAGGAGCAGCAUCAGCAAGGGAAUGGAUUGUUUGCUGAUGGCAGGGUUCUGCCGCCUGCUUCUGCUCAAGUUGUUGAUGAUGGGACUUCAACGGCUGGGAUUCUUUGUAGAUUUCCUGUUUCACUUACUGGGAUCUGUAGCGGUGGUGUCGGAUAAAUCUUUUGUUUUCUUUUCCCUCAAAUUCAAUUCUCUUGUCUGUUUCUAAUUAAUUCCAUUCAUGUUUUCUCUUGAAAACAAACAUUUCUUCAGGAAAAUGAUAAAUCAAUUGGGAAUUUACAUUUUGGUAAUGAAAAUUAUAUGACCCCAAAGAUCAUUCUGUCA